GUCUGCUGUUCUGGAGGAUGGUGAGGCUCUGUUUGCUGAUAUGGCACUAUGCCUGGAGAAAACCAAGGCGGAGGCCCGAGCAAGGCUGGAAGCGAAAGAGCGCGCAAUCGUGGCGAGAGCUGAAAGUGACAUAGAGCUGAUGGAGAAGGACCUGGAGGAGCUGAGGAGGCGAGACGAGGAGAUCAGCCAGCUGCUGCAGUCUGAGGAUAAUGCUCAUUUCUUACAGGCCACCCAGCUGCUCUGCAUGCCUUUCGCCACUGGUCGGCACUCCGGCACCCUUAGCCUGCCCACGGAGGCCUUCAGUGGUGCCAGGAGAGCACUGGGCCACCUCCGUAGCCACAUAGAGGAGGUCUGCAGGGAGGAGGUCGACAAGAUCACCCCCGCAGUUAAUGAUAACUACAAAUCUGGUGGAGAGCAUGUAAAAAGUGGUCGAAUUCACAGUGCGGUGAACUCCAAACCUCAGCAAGUGCAACUGUCUACAGGGCAACAUGCAACCAGGGCAGCACCAGUGUCGUUCCCGCUGUCGUCUCUGUCUCUGCAGGCGCCUGAUCAGAGGAUGAGGGCAGCUUUCCUCAGGUUUUCGUGCCAUCUGACCUUUGACCCCGAGACAGCUCAUCCUACCUUGGUUCUCCUGGAGGGGCCCCAGGGUGCUCAUUGUGGCGAGGAGCCACAGCCCUACCAGCCUCAUCCACAGCGCUUUGACUCAGUGGCGCAAGUCCUGUGCAGGGAGGGCCAGUUUGGUGGUGCCAGCUACUGGGAGGUUGAGUGGAGAGGAGGUGGGUGGAUUGACAUAGGCGUCACCUACCGUGGGAUCGGGCGCAAAGGUGGCGGGAAGCCCUGCCUGCUUGGGCGCAACGAGCACUCUUGGCGGCUGAGGUGUAGUCAUGCUGGAUAUGCUGCAUGGCACGAUAACCGCAAGACCACGGUCGCUGCACCGCCCUCCCCCAGGAUCGGCGUGUUUCUGGAGCGCCAGAAAGGAGCUUUGUCCUUUUACAGCAUCUCGGACUCCAUGGUGCUCCUGCACACUUUCCAUUGUUCGUUCUCUCAGCCGCUAUACCCCGCCUUCCGUUUGGAUCUGGACUCAACUCUUGUCAUCUGCCCUCAUGAGGGAAGCUAACUAUGCCCCCAUGUUUUUCCAGGACGUCUCAUUUAUCUUCUGGAGGAAAGGGCUGUUCGCUCUGCCAAUCGAUAUGAGUGAGUGGUGAGGAAAUGGCACUUUUCUGUGUAAUUCUCUUUGACUGUAAUAUUCUCUUUGAUAACUGCCGGGUUGAGUGGCAGAAUUGCAUAAUUUUUUUAACAGCAUGCAUGUUUUUUACAGUGUACUUUAUUACAUAAAAGCCCAUGUGUCAUCAUUUAAACCAGAUACACACAGGUUAAUAAAUAUACACAUAUACAUAUAUAUAAACUGAUGCUUUCAGCAAAUUGAAAAUAUACCCUCAAGUUGGAUUUUAUGCUAGCUUUAAAAGACUGCAAAAGUUGUGUAGUGCUGAAAAUCACUUGGUUCCCACAGCUAAUUAACUAACUGGUAACAGGCCAUAGACCAGGGGUUCAUCACAUUGUGAAAGACUGUUUGAGCAAAUAUUUAAACAAGAAAACAGUUUCUCAGAAAUGGGAAAGAAUUUCUGGUCCAUAAUAAGCCAUUAUCAUGGGUGAUUUCCACAUCUGUGAAAGCACCAUUAUUGUUGGCUGAUACAUGCAAGUUUGGGGGCAACACCUGCUUUCAAAGCCAGUAUUUUCAGGGAGGUCUGUGCUUAUUUAAAGGUACAGUAAGUGGGUUUUUAAUGUUAUUUAUUAGAAAAAUAGUGUACUCAAAAAUAUACAUAGAUCAGUCAGUAAUUAUGCCACCUAACGAAUUGAUGCAUUCUUAUAAACUUUAAAUGAAUCCAUUAAAAAUACAUAGGAGGAUGCGUCGGUUUGUGGAAGGCACCAUGUUGCCCACCAUCUACAGUACAGUAGCUGAGUUGGACAUCACCGUUCCACCUAAUUGUGUUUCAUGUACAUGACUAUAGACCGGCCAAAUACAUAAUACACCUUACAACUUUGUAUUUUACAGUUCCUUCAAACUAUAUCUGACUAUUUAACAUUUGAACAUGUACAUUUUUAUCAUUUUGUCUUUUUCUUUACCUCUCCUCACUCAUUUCUAGCUUAUCCUGUUCCUUCUUACCUUAACCUCAUCUCCUGAACUGAAGUUAGGGUUCUAAAUUAGAACUUCUAAUGUGCAUAAUCAUGCUAAUUUACGAUAUUGUCACAAUUACUUAUUGUUACCAACAAGCCAGCUAAACAACAACUGCCAUUUACAAGUUAACAUUAGGCCAGCUAAUGUUAGAAAAGUGUUUGUCACUUUCCCUGUGAUAAACACUUUGUUUCAGAGUAUCCCAUUGUAUCAGAGUUUACUUGCUAGGUGUCAAAGUCCAACAUAAUGCCAGCUAACAGCACCUAACAACGGUAAAAACAGCGGUGCUUAUCAGCAGCUCACUGAGGUUCGCUUCACUGACUUAUCGGCUCGAAUCGUAGUCCUUUCACUAAAUUUUACAGCAUCUACCAGAGCAAACAGCAUAUUGAUAGCUAAAUGUCGAACGGCUGUGGUCAGAGGUGAUUCGUGUGUCAAAAAAAGUACUGCAAAACUGCAAAACACAUAUUCAUUGUUUAAUUCCCGAUUUAUUGCUAAGUGAAAAGUGUUUGUCCACCAGCAGGCACCGUAGCUGGAAUUAUUACACUUGAAUUGAGAUGAUAAGUAAUCAGAGCUCAGUUGACUGCAAUUUACUGACAUCUGGUGGUGAGAUUUUACACACUCUACCUUUAAAUAAGACACUGCCAGACCACAUGAGCACUGUUGAACAUGAGAGAAUAUUUGAUUAUAGAGCAACAGGUCUGGAAAACCGUGAUAAAUAUUCCUCAGUCUUGACUUUGUGUUGCUGGCAUCAAAUUUAAAAGGACUAUUUUUUUUUUACAUUUUCUUUUUAC